ACUCCUCCCUCCUGCUCUCUUCUUCAACCCAGUAAACAUGGCCGACAUGGACGUAGACGACGUCCAAGCGAAGGACAACUCCAAAAAGAGGUUCGAGGUCAAGAAGUGGAACGCCGUCGCCCUCUGGGCAUGGGAUAUCGUCGUGGAUAACUGUGCUAUCUGCAGGAAUCAUAUUAUGGACCUCUGUAUCGACUGCCAAGCUAACCAGGUCUCUGCGACGAACGACGAGUGCACUGCCGCCUGGGGGAUCUGUAACCACGCAUUCCAUUUCCACUGUAUUUCCCGCUGGCUGAAGACGAGGAACGUCUGCCCGUUGGAUAACCGCGAGUGGGAGUUACAGAAGUACGGUCGUUGAGCAAGCCCUGUACCUUGCGACGACGUUGAUCGCUGUGGAUUAUGCUGUGUGUCCCUCGUAAUCAUGUAACUGUACAAUGGAAUAGCAGCGUGUU